GCCACAUCAUCCACCCGAAACGAUCAAUCACCCCAAAAUCCUCUCCGACGACGCGUGAUAUUGAGCUGAGUGAAUUGCCACUCUCGCCAGCGUACGCUUCCGCUUCCCCUUCCGCUGCAAGUGAAGUUGCACGGCAGCAGCCACCACGACGGCCAGCAUGGCAGACAGCAACACCGAUUCCAAACCCGAUCCAGCCGCCGCCUCGAGCUCACUUGCGCCCGAUACCUCCACCUCCCCAACCGCGGCAGAAGCUCCUGCGUCAGCCACACCACCAGCUGCCACCACUGCUACUUCCACCGCACAACCUGAGUCUGGCGGCGACGACACCGCACUUGAUGCACGAGAGGAGCGCGACCUCGACGCUGAAAUCACCACCCAAGACACUGCCAUGAGCAACACCAUGGAGGCGCCCAACGAUGCUGCCCCUUCGGCAUCACAGUCACAAUCACAAUCACAAUCACAGGCACAACUCCCCGCUGGCGAGCAGACCAAUGGGUUGAAAGCUCCCGAGGAGCCGCGCAUACCGGUCAAAAAGGACACGAGUCUGCGCGAGUUCAUGGGAAAAAUGGACGACUAUGCUCCGCUCAUACCUGACGCCGUGACCGACUACUAUCUCACAUUAGCUGGUCUUCCUCCACCACCUGAGACUGACCGAAGGCUUGCUCGGCUGUUGGCCCUUGCGACGCAGAAGUUCAUUGCCGACAUCGCGGCCGAUGCAUACCAAUACUCCCGCAUUCGUAGCACGAAUACUACGUCUAACAAUCCUCUUACUGGUCUGGGCGGCGCGGCUGGGUUUGGACUGCCCGCCGGAGCCGGGGAUGAAGCCGCUGGAAAGGGAAAGAAGGAUGCAACGGGAAAAGCGGCGCCUCUAGGAGGACCGAGAGCAGGUUAUGGUGGUGGAGGCGCAAGUGGAGGUCAAGGCCGGACUGUGCUGACCAUGGAAGACCUGGGGAUGGCUGUCGGGGAGUAUGGCGUCAACGUCAAGCGCGGGGAGUUCUAUCGAUAGAUUCGCAACAUGGUUUCUGCUUAUUGGGAGAAGCCGAGUUGGCACAUUACGGCGUUAUGAAAUGGAAAUCGCAUUCUCGGCCGGCGAGCCUUGAGAAUGUGCACGAAGGGCGUUUUGCAAGUUUGGUGUUACUAUAGGGCUACUGGAAACCCCGAGACUGCAGGAUUAGCGAUCAGGACAUGAGUAGGUGCACAUGUAACAGGAAAGCAUCAUGAAAUACC